AUGUGGCUGUCCGAGCCACAUAGCAGUCUCCAAUGGGGACGAGGAAGCUUCUCGCCGCAAACAGUCGCCCAGCAUUCGAUAGGCACACCCCACCUUUCCCUUGAUAAUGUAUUCAUCCACACCAACACGAUGAAAAUCUUCGAAAACACAUCCACCUACGAUUAUUCGUUCCCUGCAGUGACUCUCGCCUAUUUCCUUCGUUAUCCGAAUCCCUACUGCCGCCAUGUCUUCACUACCGACGUGAUCGAUCGAUACGUCGACCCGAACACACACCGCCUCCACACGACUAGGCUCCACCUGAAAAGGUCCAAGAUCCCCUCGGGGAUUCUGAGGCUAUUGCCGAGGGGAAUGGGUGGGCCCGACAACUCCGCUCAGAGUUAUAUCCUGGAGACCACCGUAGUCGACCCCGUAGAGGGCUGGAUGGAGACCAAGUCCCGCAACUUGGAAUGGACUGGUAUUCUCAGCGUCGUUGAGAAACAGUACUAUCAGCGUCUUCUCUCGAGCAAGUAUGCUCUUGCUCUAGGUGGGCUCUCAAUCGAUCAAAAGAGCGAGCGGACCAUAGUUUGUACCAAUGUGACCUUCCGCUCUAGACUCGGACAAGGCGAAUUUCUCAGCCGCAGGAAUAGUGCUGAUGCGGAAGAAGAGCCGAAGAGAGGGGUCUUGUCUUCCUUGUCCACGGUCGGCAUCCAGCGGACUGUUGAAUUGAUCGGUGUCAAGCGAACUCGGGACGCUGUCUUGAAGGGCAAGCAGGGCAUGGACGUCGUUCUGGAGCGGCUGCGCAGUGGUGGGACUGUGUGUGUUCUUGAGGGAAUGCGACAGGAUCGGGAGGCUGCCUUCGGCUUCGAGGGUGCUUGCAAGCGAGUCUAG